AUGCGAAAUGAACCUUUCCACUGUAAAUUGAAGAGUCUAAGUCGCGAGCACAAAAGUGUAUGCUUUAAAGAUGAGAUGGUGGUCCCAACAAUACCGUUACGAUGUUCGGAAUGUGGCAAAGAGGUGACGUCAACGAUCAAUAAAUCGAUAUCGGUCGAUAAUCACUUACGCGAAUCGACGGCACGGAAAUUCGACACGAAUGGCGACAACAGCGGUGUGGUCGAGUUUUGGUGGUGUCGUGACUGUGCGCAAGGUGUUUGCAAAUCUUGUCACUUGAUGAAGGGCCACUCAGAACAUCGUUCAAAUGCCUGGCGACCAGAAGAAGUGUUCCGUACGUGUGUUCAGGCACUGGAAGGACGUUGUUCACGAAGAAGUAAACAAAUUCAUGAGCAACGACUUGCUGUAAAAGAAUUUGUCGCCAAGGUCGAAAUUAUCUUGCUGAACGAGCUCGGUCGCACUUUAGAAUCUGCCAACGAACCAGAUCGACGCUUAAUCUCCAAACUUAACAGGGCCUUGUUGUCCUACGAUUCUAAUGACAUCGGCCUUUAUCACGUUCCAUCGCCUUCGCGUCCUGCAUGGAAAACCUGGAAUCUGGAUCAAGAAGAUCCUGUGAAGAUGAUGCAAGUGGUGGAUACUGUUUCCGAGCUGCUACAGUUGCCUCGAGAAGAGAGUUAUGAAGAAGAAGAUGUCAGCCUGAAGCCUCGCAGUGAAUGGAACCCACGCCAUGCAGCUGAAAUCAUUGCAGCAUCCCUUGGUGCAAAAUUACCAGCGGAUACAUCGAGCCUUUUCUCUCGAGGCACUUCCCCUGACAGAAAGUCGGAUCUAUACGAAAUAGAUGGGCGCCGACGAGGUAAUAGUGUGGAUUCAUUUCGACGAACAAUGCCGUUAGAACCGAGUGUCUUCGUAAGUCAGGUACGGGAUCGGCCAUCGAUGAUGUCGUUUCGUGAACGUUCCGUGCCAUCUGAGGAUACACAUACUCUUCGUAGCGUAGGAUCGCCAGCGCCAUCGCAUACAAGCGUCGAGUCAAAACCUGGCUCGGUGAUGUCUUCAAUACCAGCGUAUCCUUGCGAUCAAUCGCUAGGAAGUGCAGGAUCAUCCACCUCUCAAGCUGUUACACCAACUCCGCUGAACAUCAAUGGUUCGGCUACCGAAGGCAGUUCAGCUACGAUUCUUCCAAACAAUACUGCUACUAAAUCUGAACGUAUUCGAGCCUUUGGCAAAGGUUUUCUCACACGACCCAUAUGUGUACAAGCGUUUAGUACAAAAACUCUACAAAAUCAUCUGGCUGUGUCGGACAGUUGCGGAGGAGUCUAUAUCACCGAUGUGGAGGGAAAAAUAAAAGAACACGUUCUUGUAAAGAACUCAUCCGCUAGUUCGGUAGCUAUCGAUGAAAAAAGCGAUGUGAUGUACGUGAGUAUAAUGCAAUCGAAAGGUCGUUCUGUCCAUGUUUUCGACAUCGCAAACGGCUUCAAGAAACUAGACAUAAUUGUGUGCCCAAAGGAUCCCAAAAUAGAGAUGAGCCGAACACGAUGGCUCACCGUUGGUCCACGUGGACAACUAUUUAUGGUUAGCGGUGACAAUGCAAAGAGUGCCUUAUGGUGCUACAUUAGAGCAAGAAAAGCCUGGAAAACGCUAAAAGAAUCGAGAAAAACACGCUAUCAGUAUCUGAGCGUUGCUGAAGAUCAGGCAGAAUACAAAGCCGUCGUCCUACUCACCUGUGAUGCUGCCAAUAAUCGAUUGCUUCUAUUCGUCAUCGAUCAUACCAUAUCGCUCAUUAACGAAUAUGACCUCAGUAAGACAUAUCGACUAGGCGAACACAUCACUAGCCCUGCUUCGGCCAUUGUUGAUGGGUACGGUAACCUUCUCGUAUUGGACUAUGCGAACGGCAAGUUGUGGAUUCUCCUCUCAGGGGUGAAGGGGAUCCGCCGUCUCAAGGAAAUCCACUUCGAUGAACCGUUACGCGCUCAGGAAGCGUUGGGAAUCAGCGCUAGUGGUGACGACGUCUAUGUGGCGUGUUUCAAUCGGUGCGAAGUGCGAAUCUUAUCCUACCUUGAGGGUGGAGUAUUCACCGCUUUGAACGCCGCUGCCGUCCGUUCGCCGUCGCACACGCAGCGCAGUGCCAGCCUUCCGCGACCGCCCGAAAGUCAAGUAUAGCCACCACAAAGAAAAUACCCUAUACACCACUCUCCCCUUAACGCUAAUCACUCGGGUUGCGAAAAUUUAUGAGAAAUGCUAUUCGCCAAAAUUCUAUAGCUUAGCUAGGCUUUUUCAAAUGUCAAUUAUUCUGCCAAAUGUAGUAGAACUAUUAGUGCAUAGCACAUGUACGCUUAUUAUUCCGAUAGAUGUUUGCUUACUCUGGGACAGACACGCCCCUUCGCAUAAGCUUCUUCGCUUAAUUUCGUACACAUAAGAAACACUGACAAAAGAUCCCUCCACUGAAUUCACUUAUUCGAGUUUUUAUCGCCCCAUAUUUGUGCCUUGUCACCUUCGUAAAUUUCGACGUAUGCUAUAGCAACGAUGGUGAUAAUAUACGAGGAAAAACUUCCUUUGCUCUUUAUGGAUUGUUAUAUAUUUUACCUUAAUAAACAUUAGAAAGAAAUG